AUGAAGGCCACCAUCGUCAGUCCCGCCUCCUCCACAUUCCACUUUUCACCGAACCCAUCUCACGAUGGUGUGUUCAAGGGGACGGCGCCGUAUGCCGAUCACCGUCCGUCCGUGGUGUCUCCGGCCCUCCGAUCCGCCUCGCGGGGGUCCUUUUCCGGGUCGCCUCUGAACGAGAUCCAUCACCCACAACGGACCCCCAUCUCGGAGCCGCAGUAUCAGAACAACUUUGAGAAUGCCGUGCUCGACUCCAUGCACACGAGCACCACAGAAUCUGUGCUACAAUGGCCUCAUUUUGACGCCUUUCCGAAUAUGAGGGAUGGAUAUGUCCCCAUCUUCCACCUCGAACAGUCACGGCCCGCGGUGAAGACGCGCGCGACACCCGUGUAUCCCUAUGUAACCGCAGAGGACAUUGACGAGAUCAUCGAGUCGUUUGAGCACACCAUCAACUUUUGGUAUCCGACCAUGUCUCGCGGCCAGCUUGAGCAAGUUCGCAACCUGAUCGCCGAUGGCAUUCCCGAGGGAGACAGCAUUCUUGUCUGUCUUGCGCUGCUAACAAUGGCGCUGGGGUGUGUCGGCUUAGUGACUACGGGCCUGGCGAGCACGUCUUCGUUGAGUGAGGAGGAUCGUAAACGGAGGGCUUCCAAGAGGGCCAUGGGUGACAUGUACUUUGACAGUGUCUUGAAGAAGCUGCAUGUGGUGCAUACCAAUGUUGGAAGCACUGCAACCCACUGCCUGUUCUUCACAGCGAUGUACUUUGCAUUUCUCCGUCGGCCUUUGCAAGCAUGGGAAUACAUCAACGCAGCAUCCGCAAAAUGCCUCUUGCUUCUGUCGUAUCCGCCAGAGUCCGAGUCCGCGGAAGACCAAGAACGAAUCCGAAGGAUCUUUUGGUCGUGCUACAUUCUCGAGAGGUACCAGCCUGACUAUCUUGCAGAGCUCUCUGGGCUCCCGCAGUCGGGCGUCGCUCGCAUCGAGUCAACAACACCUCUUCCAGGAGAAUACAGCACACAUAAAGACUCCCAAGUCGAGGAGCAAUCCUCCCUCUACUUCCUCGCCUGCAUUUCCAUGCGCCGCCUUCUCAAUCGCGUCCAUCAGCUCCUCUACGCACGCGGAACCGGCGCGGCCCUCGACCACGCCCGUUUCCCCUAUGUCGUCGCGGAGCUGAACCACCAGCUCGACGACUGGCGAGAAGUGCUUCCUCCGGCGUUUGCAUUCAGCGUUGGAUUCAAUGAAGUAGGAAACAGCCAAAGUACCGCGACGGAGCACGGGGGCUUCCUGCGGCAGAGGUAUCUCACCUGCCGGAGUGUGAUUUACAGGCCGUACCUGAUGUGGAUGCUGAGUGGCAUGGCUGGCGGGAAUGGGGCCAGCUCCGAGCUGCUGGUCAACCAAGAUGCGCUGAAGAAUUGCAAGGCGUGUCUGGAUGCCUGCCUGCUCCAUAUCCUCAACUUGAGGGGCUUUGGACAGACAGUCAUGGUCGACACGUGGAUCUGCUCUCUCUCGGGCUACAGUAUGGCUGGUGCAAUGCUUGUUCUACUCGCUGCGUGUCGUAUCCCGGCAUUGAAAGACAUGAUUGGGCCGGAAGUUCUGGGAGCUGGCGACCAUUUGAAGCAGCUACUGCAAGGCUGGCAGAGUACCAUGGGCGAGCCUACUUCUCCGAGCGUAAACCAGGCGAUCCGGAUCAUCAGUGAUGUGGACCGCUUCAUCAAGGAGGUCUAUAGGGCUGGUGAUUCCUAUUCCAUGAGGCGGCAUCCAUAG